CACUAUAGUUCAGCCCCUGCCCGGGCCCCCCGGCCCUGGCCCAGCCUCCGCGAACGCGCGAUUCGUCGUGACAAGCCCGCGCCCGGGACUGAGCCACUGGGCCCGGUUAGUUCAAGCAUCUUCCUGCAAUCCGGGGAGAAGACCCAAGAAGCGCACAACCAGGAACUCAAAGCGAGGUUCCCAGGAGACGCUCCGGAGCGAACCGUUCUGAGGCCUUUCGAGUCCAGGGACCCUUGGGAAGUCCCGAGUAAGGUUGUGAGGCCAAGGAGCUCAUCCCCGCCGAGGCCGGCUCCCAAUGGAGCCCUGCAGAGUUCUCUCGGCCCGCCCCCCCGGAACCUGUCCCCGCGGAGUCCCGCCGCUCCGAGGAUGAGUAGUCCCUCCUCCCCGAAGGAAUCCUCCGCGUGGGAAAAUCAGGAUCUCACCGUCGAGGAAACCGUCAGCAGGAGGAGCCCUUCCCCUGCGACCCUUUCCCAGUGGAACCCGGGUGCUGCCAAGGCAAGAAGCCCAUCCCCUGAAGCUCCUUCGCCGUGGGAGGUUCAGCACCCCACAAUCGGAGCUACCAUCGAGGGCAAUAGCAGCCCGCCCCUGCCGGCCGUGUCCUCAUGGGAGGCUCCAGAUCGUCCUACGGGGCCGUGGAGUCCAUCUCCCCAAGAGAGGUGGGGUCCCAAAAUGCAGGGCUCCUCGAUAGCCUCUCCGCAGGAAGCUCUGAAUGGCGCAGUCCAGGGGGAGCCGGCGCCGCCUACACCGCCCGCACCCAGGACUCCGGAGCUAACAGAGGCGCAGAGUCCCUCCGCACCGGACGUGCGGGAUCUUGCCUUCCAAGACAGUCAACCGUUGCCAGAGGUGGCUGCAGCCGCGCUGCCCCUCAGUCGCCUCAUGGGCACCAUGGAUUCGGAUGCGCCCCCGGAAGCCUUGGGCCCUGGACCCGCGGCCUCCGGACGCCCGCGCGUGGCUAUUCCGCGGCCCCGUGACAUGCGCAAGAUGGUGAAGACCACGUACGCGCCGAGCUUCCCGGCGGAAACCCCCGGCUCAGGGCUGCUAGCGCCGCCUGCGGAUCCCCGCCCUGAGAAGGGUGGUGCAUCCAAGACGCAGGAGCUCCAGGCGCUGGGGACCCCCGCCCCCGCUCACUACACUUCCGUUUAUCUCAAGGAUUUUCUGCCUGUCGUGUCGCACCCCUACGAGCCUCCAGAGCCACCCCCCAACACAAACCCCCGGGACGCUUCGCAGCCCAACGGGGUCCUGCGGCGGAGGGCAGAGAACAGCACGGCAAAACCCUUUGCGCGCACUGAGAUCCGCCUGCCUGGUGCCUUGGCCUUGGGCCACGGACUGACGGAAACCCGGGGAGUCCUGGUGCGCGGUCCUGCAGGAGAGAACCGAGUUAUGGAGGCCCAGCGCCUCGUCUCCGAAGGCGAGGGUCCGAUCAGCCCGUUAGGUGGAGCUCUCCCCUUACCCCAGCGGUCGUCCGUAGGACCAGCAGGGCCCCCUCCAGCCGGCCCAUCCCGCCUCAGCUCCCCUCAGGCGCACCCUAGCUCGAGCCCUGGGAGAGCACCCACAUUGGAGCCUCCCGCUUCUGUCCCCGAGCCUGCCACUGCCGUCCAGUCGCCCCACCCGCGGGAGCCCCAGGCAUUGGCGGGCAGAAUGGCCCCGCCCCAGCCCCGCGCUGCAUCGGCACCUCCUAUGGACCGGUCCCUGGAAGGCCCCUCCCAAGGGGCACGCAGGCCACCCGGGGCCGCGAACACGGGGAAGGUCCUGGUGGACCCCGAGAGCGGCCGCUACUACUUUGUGGAGGCGCCGCGGCAGCCUCGGCUACGGCUGCUCUUUGACCCCGAGAGCGGGCAGUACGUGGAGGUGUUUUUGCCGCCCUCGCCCCCGGGGCCACCCCGCCGCAUCUACACCCCGCUGGCCCUGAGUCCCGGCCUUUACCCGCCCGCUUAUGGGCCUAUCCCCGGCCUCUCACUGCCACCAUCCCCAGGCCCGCCAGCCUACAGCGGCGCCCAGCUACCCUGGGCUUCCGAGGCGGGGCCGCUGGAGAGGAUGUACUACCUUCCAGUGAGUGGGACCCCCAGCCCCGCACCUCCUCUGCUCCUCUGCGCUCCUCCCACCGGCGUGGGUCCCGCCCAGGCUGGCAAGAGCUCCUUAUUCCCUGUGUGAGGCCCCAGGGCCUGAUCCCCAUGGUGUUGGGGCCUGCCUAUGGCUUUUAAGGUUCAGGCAUCCAGUCCCCUGCCCUUCUUUUCUUCUGUCACCUUUUUUACCCAGCUCAUUGAAUCCUGAGACCGGAAGUUAUCUUCAGAGAAUGUAUCUGGGACCCCGAGGGGCUGAUGGAACUGGAUCUCAGGAAGUGACUGCCUGCCUUCUACAACCUUGUAUACCCCUUCCCCAAGCAUUCCCAUGAGUGUGGUGUGUUUGUGUGUGUAUGUGUGUGUAAAAGUGAGGCGUCUCAGGAUUUGUCCCCAAGAACUGACCUGAAGGGUUGUUGGGGUUCCCUAGGAGCAGCAGGGGACCGGGCUGCCCCCAGAAGUAGUAGCUGUCUGCCCCUCCCUGAAAGGUGGGCCCAGGUGAGGUGGAGCAGGCUAGUGAGCACCCGCGGGCUGGAGGGAGAAGGACUCUGGCUGUCAAGUCUGCUAUUCUUUGGAAGAGGAUCUAAGCCUUGGCCUGGGAGGCUGUAGCUAGUGCAGCCAGGCCAGGCUGUACCUGAGAAAGGGAGCUGUGGGGACAAGCAGGUGAAGGUGGAGCAGGGAAGUCAUAUAGGAGGGGCUGUGGAGGGUCAGCCUGGGAUAUGGGGGUAGUGGAGGGAGGUGGGGAAGUGACUGUAGUCCCUAGCUGGGAGCUCCGCCCUUUAUUCUCCUCUCAACCCUAGCCUCUGACUUGGCUUCUCUAAGCCCUCAGAGCUAAGCUGGCUCUUCCUGGGGCCAGGAAUGGGGGCUUCAGUCAUUCCCAUCCUGGGUAGGGAGCAGAUGGAGCGAGUCAUCAGGAAGGACUUAUAAGCAAGGAGAAUGGUUGAGCUAUUGUCCCAGAGGAGCCUCUUGACCCCUCUGGGUGGGGUAGAGGGUUGGUUAGGGCUGGCAGUAGAAAGGGUGCCCCUGUAUGGGGCAGGCCAGAGAAACUUGGACCCCUCAGCUGGUUUUACUCCCCCAGUAGCAGAUGUGGCACCCCUGCCCAGAGAGCUGCUGGCUAUGCAGGCUGGUCACAGCACAGUAAGGGACAGGGCCAGAGCGUGUGUUCCCAUUGCCCUGAGAUUCCAAGAGCCUCUGAGGAAGGCAGAGGAAGAUGCAUGGAGUGAGUGGGAGGUGCUUUGUAUGGGUUCUGUGUGAAAUUCUAAGCUUGAAGUGUGCCUGGGCCUUGCUGGACAAGUAUGUGAUGUGCUGAGUUUGGGGAAGAAGAGUGGCCAUUAGAAGCAGUGUUAGGGAUGGAAAUGGAUGCCUUAAGUUCCAUGCCCCUGGGGGGCCUGGGUCCUUUGGAGUCCCUACCCACCUGCCUUGAACUAGAAGCUGACUGGGAGAACUAUGAGCCAGAAAAACCUGGACAUCUUUUUAUAGUUGGAGAUGCUGUUUCCAAUAACAUGGAGGGCCCUGGGCUCGUCACCUCAUCCUGGUGAGCAAUAAAUCACUGGCCCAAUGAGCUAUGAUGGCUAGAA